UGCUUAGGGUAUCAUCACCAUGUCUGCCCCAGACAAAGGAGGCCGGGAUCCUCCCAAACCCAAGGGCAAGACCCUGGGGAGCUUCUUCGGGUCUCUGCCUGGCUUCAGUUCUGCACGGAACCUGAUGGCCGGCGCCCACAGUUCAGCAAAAGAGGCCCGGCCCGUCGCAGAUCCCACAGGUGCCUCUGCCCAGCCCCAGACUGAGGCAGCCACCAACCUGGACCCGACGGAGCGUGGGGAGAAGCUGCCGCCGCCUUCGGAUAAGAUGAUCUCUGGGGCAAAGGACCUGGUGUGCUCUAAGAUGACCAAGACCAAGGGUGCCAUCUCCUCCGGGAUGGCCAACAUGGUGGACACAGCUAAAGGUGUGGUGCAGGGAGGCCUAGACAUGACCCGGUCUGCACUCAUGGGCACCAAGGAGACUGUGGCCACUGGGGUCACAGGUGCAGUGGAUGUGGCCAAGGGUACUGUCCAGACUGGCCUGGAUACCACCAAGACUGUCCUAACAGGCACUAAGGACACCAUAUGCAGUGGCAUGACUGGUGCCGUGAAUGUGGCCAAAGGAGCUGUCCAGACUGGCAUGGACACCACCAAGACCGUCCUCACGGGCACCAAGGACACCGUGUGCAGUGGUGUGACUGGUGCCAUGAAUGUCGCCAAAGGAGCUGCCCACACUGGCAUGGACACAUCAAAGGCCAUCCUGACGGGCACCAAAGAUGCAGUGUCCACUGGGCUCACCGGAGCAGGGAGUGUGGCCAAAGAGGCAGUGCAAACCGUCCAGAAUUGGUUCCCCGGUACCCAGGACAGUGUCUGGAGUGGACUCACCAGUUACAGAGCCGCAGGCAAUGGCGGGGAACAGGCCAUCCUGAGACCCCAGGAGGCUCUGUCCUCUGGGUUAUCCAGUGCCCCGGACACUCUCUGCACAAGCCUGGACCUUGCCAGGGAAGCCACUGCUGUGGCAACAGGCACCCACGGGGCCCCCCUGGGCAGGGAGAAUGCAGGACACGAAGGAGCCAUGAGCUUCGCGACUCUGCGGGACGAGCUGGGGGAGCUGGGGGAGAUCUUCUGCCCCAUGGAUGCCGAGGAGCAAGCUCAGCUUGCUGCCUCCGAACCUGGGCCAAAGGUGCUCACGGCUGACCGCGGCAGCUACUUCGUGCGUCUGGGCGACCUGGCUCCCCGCUUCCGGCAGCGGGCGUUCGAGCACGGCCUGAGCCACCUGCAGCACGGCCAAUUCCAGGCCCGGGCUGCGCUGGCCCAGCUGGAGGAGUCCUUCGAGCUGAUUGAGAAAGCCAAGCAGGCUCCAGAAGGCCAGUCAUGGGUGGACCAGGGGCUGAGCAGCAGAGUGGAGGAAGGUGCUCCGCAAGAGGUGCUGGACUCCAGGGCUCUGUCCAGGGCCUGCGGCCUCAUCCAGCAGCUGCACGUGGCCUACAGCACCCUGGCCUCCAGCCUCCAGGGCCUCCCCUCUGAGCUCCAGCAGCAGGUUGGGCGGGCGCGCCACGGCCUCUGUGAGCUCUAUGGCCUCGUCUCCUCGGCCGGUUCCAUGGGAGAGCUGCCGGCAGAGCGCCUGGCCCAGAGCCGCGGGGCGGUGGGCCAAGCCUGGCGGGAGCUGGAGCAGAUGCUGGAGAGUGUGCAGCACGGCCCGCCGCUCUGCUGGCUCGUGGGGCCCUUUGCCCUGCACCCCACUGGGCAGCAGCUGUAGGUCCCUCCUGCCCACAGAGCCCUCUGUAGAGCCUUCUCCCCAGCCCCAAACCAGCUCCAACUCCCCGAAGGUCUGGACUCUGCCAGCUGGUGCUGCUUGGCACCCACGGGAGCACGGAGGACUUUUGAGUCUGGCCAUGCCACGCACCCAGCUCUGGCCCCGCCUAUGCCGUCCACCCUUUCUUCCCAAGCACCACUGGGCCUUCUCCUGGCCUAGGCGCCCCGGGCUGCGCAGACGGCUGACAGAGGGCCUUCCCCUGACGGUCUCAAGCAAGCUCUCCAAUUAGGAGGAGAAGUGGAAACAUCCCUAGGUCCAGAAGGUUCUCCACUCAGCAGCCUCCACUAGCCUCCCUUUAUCUCUGGGGCACCCCAACCUGGGUCCUUUAGCUACCGGUGUAGCUGGUGCUCCUCCACCCUGGGCUCCCAGAGCCCCAUCCUCACUCCAGAAGCACACACCCGGCCCUCAGCAAACCGUGUUCCACGUACCAGAAGGAACCAGAAUGCUACUGUCACCUGCGCAGGCUCCUACCGUCUCUGCUGACGUCCAGUGCGGCCAAGGGGCUCUGAGAGGGUGAAGCCACAGCAGCCGCAACAGCCGCGCUGGCCCGGAUGGGGGACCGGACUGGGCCUCGGCCCACCCCCAGAGCUGAUGUUUUGUGGUCCCCAAGGCCCUGGGCUGAGGAAGAAGUGAGAGGGCUCCCCCGUGGGGGAUGGGGCCCUGGGGGUAUAUGACAAAAUGUGCUCAACGCGGUCCCACGCCCACCCCAGGCUGAAGAACAGGGGCCGGGAAGCAUGCAGGGUCCCCUCCUUCCCGGCCACACUGUCCCUAAAUGCCCAGGGCAGCCACGCAAGGUGGGUGGCACGUGGGGAAGCUGAGGCUCCCCUUCACUGGGCCUCCCCUGUCCUCCAGCUGGGGGGAGCCCAGCCAAGCAAGCCCCCGCUUCCCGGAACCUGUAUCAAACCUACAACCCCCCAUCAGGCUCCCUCCCUCCCUCAAGGAAGGCUUGAGGCGCCUCAUACCAGCCCCUUCUCAGAAACAAUGGGGUGUUCCAAGCUCAGGACAUGAGGCCAGCCUUCCCCAAAGGGUCACUGUUGGCUCCCAGCCAUGGUGAGACCUGUGUGACGGGUCAUGAAGCCCCUCGGGCCUGACCCUCCUCAGUCUCCGUCACAGGCAGAGGCGCUGGGCGCACAGCCAUCCGUGCAAACUGAGCCGUCGCUGGAGCUUCAACCCAGCCAGCACACACAGAGGGCCGCCAGGCUCUGAAGUCCCACACCCACCACGGCCUUGGCUGAGACGGAGGCACCUGACCGGGGCUGGGCGGACACACAGUAGACGCCGCUGCUGAUGCAGGUGCCUGGCCCGGGACUGUACACACUGUCCAAAUCCCUGUGCCGGCCCUGGGAGCCUGGGGUCACUUUACAGGUGAGGAACGAGAAGCCCAGAGCGGGAGGGACACUUGUCCAAGGUCACGGAACAAGGCCUGCCCCCCAACGCUUACACCCUCUGAACAUCAAGGACAACGGCUAGCCCACAGCAACCCCCGAACCCUGAAUGGCUUCAGCGCCCCAAGCGGCUUCUGCGGGGGACCCGGGUCUCACUGGCAGCCCGGCUAGGAGCAGGAACGGGGAGCAAGGCCCUGCGAGAGUGUCUGGGCCCUGGGCUGCCGCACGCGAGAAUCAGACCACAGCCUCUGCCUGAACCUUCGUUACGUUUAAAACGGCCUCCCACCUCCCCUCUCCUUCACCGCCGGCCCUGCAGGCCCAUGCCGGGCAGGGACAGUGUCAGAACCGAGUUCACAUUUGCUGUGAACAGUGACUUUGUGGCUUAAACCUUCUGUCCCUGGACAGCUGCACCAGCAACCCCAGAAAACCGAACCAAUAAAAAUGACUUUCAUU